AUGUGGUGUCCAUUUGAUAACUUGAGUAGGUUUCAAUACAGCAACUUCAAACUUCAUAGGGAGGCUCAUUACCACGAUCGCGCAAACAAGUUCAAUGAUCGUAAUUUUCUGACCAAAGUUGACAAAAUUAUGGCCCCUUAUUCAAGUACCAAAACACUGUCUGCUCAAUAUCGCAGUGAAAGUAAAAGCAGUGUUCGAACUCUUUCUCGUGGAGGCGUAGAUAGUAAGUCACAGGUUAACAAAAUGGAGGCCGACGGAACUCUGAUAGAUAAUGCGGAACGAGAAAAGGGAGACAGGGAACAUGAGGACGCAGUAGAUAUGCUGGAAAGACUUUCGAAGGAUUAUUCAACCUACCUCGAAAUUGAUGCUUCCAAAGACAAAAGUAAAUUUGGAGAAACCAUUGAAGAUAUGUUGACAAAACUGGAUGAAUUUGGCAGUCUUGUGGACAUGAUUCGCAGUGAUUCCACUCUAUGCCUAACUUCCACCUUGCCAAAGGUACAGGAGAAGCAGGCUGAAAUCCAAGCUAUAUUUGACAAGAUUGACAGACUGGAGGCUUUUGUGUCGGUGGUACGUGAGAACAUAGCCACGAUGGAGGACUGUGUUAACAAGGCAGAGGACGAGAUGGGCUCAUUUAGUGGUCUCAAGAAAAUGCUUUCCUCAUUUGUCAGUCCAAAACGUUCACAAACUAAAGACAAUAGAACUGUAUCAUUCACCCCUCCACAUAUCUUUCGAACAGAGGAAUAUUUUCCCCAGCAGCCAGCACAAAAGCAUGAACCAGGGGAGACAACUGAUUUUUCAAAAACUAAGAGUAAUGUCACACCUGAGGAGUCAACAGCCUCUUGAUAAUUAAUGUUUUAGUUAAUAUAGAGUAGUUCAUUUCGAGAUUUGUGAAUGUGAAAGAGAGUGAGUGUGUGACAGAGGUGAAUGCUUACAUGAUUAGACACAUUCCAACAAAAUAUUAAAGUUAAGUAGAGAUAAAUUUUCUUAAUUUGAAAUUGCCUAGCAUUAAUUCUCAGUUAUAAUUCAGUAAUUGAUAGCUGUCUGAAGUUCCUUUUAAACCUGUUUACAAUGAUUGUGGUGUAUUAUUUAGAGGGUCCAGGAUAGCCUUGUCAGUACCAGCCAAUGCAGCUUCAGAUGAAGAUGUGUAAUGGAGAUGUAUGGUUUAUAUCCCUUCUCAGGGCAGUUUGUCUCUGGAAGCUGAAAUCAUGGAUCAGUCUAUGCUGUCUUGAUUGUAGUCCUAUUUCUCUAGAUGGCAUGUGACGACCUCCUGUAUAUUUUGUUCAUUGUCAGUGAGGUAACCACCUAAACUACAUUAUGGUACUAAUGCCAAAGUUACUGAAGUAUAUCAUAUCUAUAGAAAAUGAUGAACUUUGAAAUAAUGAAUCUGAUGUGAACUUAUGAUGUUACACUGACUAACUGUUUAUGUUCCUGCUUUUGAACAUUAACAACAUUAAUUCAAAAUCAAUAGUUCAUGGAUUUAUCAUGAAUUUGAGAAAUACUACCAUUGUGGUAGAAGGAGAAUUUUGGGGUUAUUUGUAGAAACGGAAGAAUUUGAACAACCCUUCAGAGUGGGAUGGGGUAAAACUAUAUGACAUAUAUAAAGUGUGAAAAAGAUCAAUAUUUUUUUUCUUGAUAGCACGAUUUGAAAACAUUUUAAGUAAAAAUCUACUGAUUAGCUCAGUUAUUAGGAAAGUUUUCUCUAUUUGGAAAAUUUUCCCAUGUUUUCAGUACAUUGUCUUGACAGGAAAUUUGUUUAUAUUCAGAGGGGAAAACAUACCACUUGUAGAAUACUACUCAUUUCUGGUAGUAAAAUUUGUCAUGAUUAAUCCCUGUGGUUGUACAUCUAUAUAAUUGAGAUAUCUGGCCUUUCAAAUUGUAUUAGGAAUUAAGCAUAACUAUUGGAGAAUACUUUAAAUUCAUUGGUUAUAUUAAUCUUGGAGCCAUGAUUCCUUUACAUGGAGUGUGACUUACUUGUUUAAAAACUGAACUGUGAUUUAGAAAGUGGUACAAUUUUGUUAAUAAGAGACCUGUUUGUUUGAAUACAACUGUUGAACACUUUGGAUGUACUUGUGUGUAUAAUGGAUGCAGACACUUUGUAAUGACACUGGACUCUUGAUUAUUGGUGGUAAAUAUUUGUACGAUAAAGCUAUGAAACUGCCAUUGAAACUAUUUAGCUUUACAAUUACUUAACAAAUGCUGUAAAUUCAAUAAACAUGUACAGUACUUUGAAUGGAAAUUCACUUGAGUUUCAAAAUCAAUGAUGCAUGGCACAAUUUUUUAGAGUUGCUUCCCUUGUAUCAUGACAUAAAAAUUUUCAUUAAGACUCCAAAGGCUAAGUAGCUAUAUUUGAAAAGUCUUCAUGUAGUCAUGCAUUUGUAUGGUGGUAAAGACAUACAAAGAUACAGACUUGUGGUGAUUUAGCUUAAAGCUUCUUUUGCAGUGGAACUGUUAUUUGCAAUGAGGUAUGAAGGACGAUUGGAAAGCACAAAAUAGUCCCAAUUUAAAAAGCCUUGUAUACUGAACUUACACCUACCAGUAUUUCCCAUCUCCAGAGUCUUGUCCUGGAUUCAAUGUUCCGUGAAACAGAUAAAACAAUUUUGAUGUAUUAAAACAAAUCAGAAGCUUGUAAGGAACUUGUUGACCUAUAUUUCUGAGGUAGCUGUAGCAACAAAAUUGUAUAGAUUUGUGCAAUAUAAAUGAAAUAAACCUGUUACAGUUA